GUCCCACCGGGGCACCGGUCGAAAGUCGCUGGCCGUCAUAAAAAAAACCAUGCAAAUGCAAUGCCUGGUGACACGUUCCACACCCCAAGAGAUUCCUGCUCGCGCGCCAUCCCUACAUAGCACUCGCCCCACCCAGAGUCAAACACAAGUUUCACAGCCACCGCCCGGCCCGAUCGUAAAACAAUGGAGGAAACGUCGUCAACGCAGGCGCCAGAGCAGCAGGCGCAGGAGUGGAACGGCGCGGUGGAGGCCCUGCUCCCGUCGACCCCGGCUGCCGCGGCGUGGCCGCACCUCGCCAGCUUCUGCGCGCUGCACCGGUACCUCUCCGGCGUCGACGUCUGCGAGCGCGUGGCCGGCGAGGACGGCCAACCGGGCUGCGUCCGCUACGUCGCCUCCCACCCGGCGCCGGCGGGGGAGGAGGGCCAGGAGCAGCUGCAGGUGAAGUGGGCGCACGAGGAGCUGCUGGAGCUGGACGACGCCGCGCGCACGCUCAGCUACGCCGUCGUCGGCGGCAACAUGGGGUUCGGCCGCUACGUCGCCACCAUGACGGUUGCCGAGGAGACGGAGGCGGCGGGGUGCAGGAUCGUGUGGGAGUUCGAGUGCGAGCCCGUGCAGGGGUGGAGCAGGGACGGGCUCGUCGGGUACCUUGACCACGCCGUCAAGGGCAUGGCCGCGCGGAUCGAGGAGGCCGCCACCGCGGAUGAAUCCUGAGGCGUCGCUGGCUCGCCGCUUUAGCUUACGACAUCUCCUUGUUAAAAUCUUGCUAGUAGCUAUAUUAGAUUGAAACUAGUGGAUGUAUCUGGCAAUAUUUUGUUGCUUCAAGUUGGUUUUGUUUUUGUUGAGUAGCACCAGAGUACUAUGAAUGUAUCAAUGUAUCUUGGGAAGAAAAUGGACAAAUUUCAUGUCAGAUCUGAGAUCUGAAAAUUUGAAUUUCUGACAGAAAAUUUGUCCAUUUUCUACAGAGCGCAUACGAUAUCGUUUCGGUGCGAAAUUCGACACGGUGGUGUGUUCCAUGUUCAGGUACUUGCAUAUUUUUUUUCGGAAUUUUUUGAAAAGUUUUUGAAACAUUUUUUGUGUCACCAAAAAAAAGGGCUCAUAUGAGCCC